AUGGCUCGCAAACCACCUCAACCACUUGAGCCAAUGCUGUCGGCGGACGAGAUUGUCCCCCUGAUCAAACGGUUAAUAGCAGAGCAAUCCUCCAUCCGCGACACCCUUGUAAAGACCGUCUCACUCUCCGAAGCAUGCUACCAGAACGUCAUUGCGCCAAUUCAAGCCGUCGACGAUGCAAUCCAGGGGGGGGCGAGUGUUUACGCCAUGCUGCGCUACUCGGGCCCCGACGAGCUCACCCGUGAAGCAGUCCAAGAGGCGCAGGAGCUCUGGUCGGCAGCUGGAGGAGAGAACCUCAAGCGAAAGGACGUAUACAAGCUUGUACAGGCCGUUAAAGACAAGAAUGAAGAUCUGGGGUACGAGGAGCGAAAGAUUUUAGAAGAUAUGUGGUCGCAGUUUCGGCGCGCCGGCCAUGGGGCGCUUGAUAUAGAGCAGAUCAAGACGUAUCUCCGCCGACGGGAGAGAAUUGAAGAGCUGAAGAGGGAUUUUCAGAACAAUUUGAGUGGGAAGGGGACGGGUUUGUGGUUUGAGAAAGAUGAGUUGGAGGGUGUUUCGGCACAGGAGAUGGCGAGGUGGAAGGAAGAAGACGGGAAGAUGUUUGUGCCAUUGGAAAGGGGGGAUAAUGAAGCUGUCCAGCGAUACGCUAAUAACCCUGAGACGAGGAAGAGGAUGGUUGCUGCAUACGACGUCAGGCUGGUUGAGAAUGUCCCCCUUUACAAGGAGAUGAUCAUUCUCAGGGAUGAGAAUGCGAGAAUGUUGGGGUACAAGAACCACGCAGACUUUCGAAUUCGGGAGAGAACCGCGCCGUCAACAGAGUGGGUUGACGAGUUUCUGAAUAGGUUGAUCAAGGAUUUGUUGCCGAAAGGGAAGGGGGAGAUUGAAAGGCUUGAAGCAAAGAAGAGAUCCCAUCUCGCCGUGGAGGAGGCGGAGAUUCUGCCUUGGGAUUACCAGUACUACACUCGACUGCUUGAGGAAGAAGCCAACGUCGAGCACGAGUUGAUAUCGGAGUAUUUCCCCCUGCAGCACACCCUGUCGUCGAUGCUGGGACUGUUCAACCAGUUCCUUGGACUGGAGUUUGUGCCUGUACCGGAGGAAGACUUGGUUGGAAAGCUUUGGGCUGAGAACAUCGAAGUCUGGAGCGUUUGGGAGGGUAGAGGGGAGAGCAAAGGCGAGUUUGUGGGAUAUCUGUAUGCUGAUAUCAUCUGGAGGGAGGGCAAGUAUCGCGGGAACUGCAACGUCAAUUUGCAAUGUCGUCUUGCGCCCUCCUCAAACACCGACAAGUCGUCACACUCUUUCACGGCACAACUGGGCCAUGCCCUCCACGAUCUGAUCUGCCGGACGAAGUACACCCGCUUCCACGGCACCCGCGUCAAGCCCGACUUUGGCGAGGCCCCCAGCACCAUGCUCGAGAACUGGUGCUGGAUGCCAGAUGAGCUAGUCAAGAUGAGCCGGCACUACACCCAUAUUGACCCUGCCUAUGCAGCCAAGUGGAAGGAGGACCACGAUGAUGCCGAGCUGCCACCCGAGAAGAUUGACGAGAAGCCUGUGGAGCGAUUAGUCGAGAGCCGGAGCUUGAAUCGUGCGCUGUGGUUUUUGAGGCAGAUCCUGUUCGCCAAGUUCGACUUGGACGUCAACAACCAGAAGUCUACUGACGCAGUAAGGGAGUUGGACGAGGUGAAGCUUUACAACGACCUCAAGGAGACUCUCACCCUGACCAAGAACCCCGAAAAGAACAGUGUUGGAUACGUUCAGUCGAACCAUCUCAUCAGCCUCUACGAUGCAGGAUACUUCUUCGCCCACGCCUUCGCGGCAGACUUCUUCGAGUCCAACUUUGCCAAGGACCCGCGGGAUCCCGAGGCCUGGGACCGCUACCGUCAUGGGAUCUUAGAGUAUGGGGCAAGCAAGCAGGAGAUGGAAUUCAUGACCAAGUUCCUUGGUCAUGAGCCUGGGCCGGGUGCGCUUCUUAGGAGCCUUGGGCUGUCGACGCCCUGA